UAGGUUCGAGACCGACACUAAUCGGGAAUUUUCUGCUCCCAAUCAUUUUGGGGCAGCAGGGCAUGGCAAGGAGCGAAACGGCGCGGAAUAGAGCUCAGCAGUACAGAAGAUACUCGCCAUCACGCGCCAGAGAAAGAGACAGGGCCGAAGGUGUAGGAAAGAAACACGAAGGCUUUGGGACAACAGCCUAACUCCGCUGACACUGGUUGACGGCCUAUAGGGGGGCAGGUAGACAGGCAGCUCGUACUUUCGCAGACUUCGAUCUGGCUGGAAACGGGAUGAAUUGAAGACCAUAGAGGCACCUGUCAGGCCGUGGUCCCGAUGGACUAUGCGGCAUUUGCCGCAUGGCCGCCACCUCGCCCCUCGUAUUUGGGAUGUGCGCAUGCGCAUUCUGUGCUGCCGCUAUCCAAGGCUUUGCAGGCAGCCCGCAAGGGUGCUGCUCGCUCGUCGUGCAUGCAAGACCGGAAUGUCGGGAACGGUGCAGAAAGUGUGCUCCCGUACGAGAGAGAGAGAGAGAGAGAGAGAGAGUUGGGUUUCCAGCGGGAUGGCUGCCCACACCUAAACCCAGUGCUGCCCAGACACUAGAUGCAGCGCAGCGCGGCGUGCGUGUCACGACAUGGACGAGUCGGCCGAUUUCUGGGGCCCAGGGCAGGCCAUCCUGCGCCCGGGAAUUUGUUUUGGUGCCGCUACAAGCGUGGACGAUGGGUAUAUGUGAGAUGGGUGCACAGGCUAAACUCAGCUCUCGCUCUCGCUCCUACCCCCCCUCGCCCCUUCCCUCGAACCAGGCUGUGGGAGAGGCUGCUGGCGAGCGGUGGGCCACUAUGAGGUCAACGAGAGCAAAUUGCUUAUCGAACUCGUGUAGCGAUGGAAAGAGGCAUCCUAGGCGAACCGGCUCGUUUAUCACCCUACCCCAGCUACCAUCCAAGCUAGGAAGGUAGGCAAUGACGCGAUUCUGUAGCACAAAGUGUCGGGAAGGAGCGGUUGGCCAUGGAGGUGCCCGCCUACUUACCUCCAAGUCCCAGGUUCCGGCUUGAGGGAGACGGAAAC